UUUUUAUAUAUAUCUUCACUUUACAGUCUUCUUUUGUCCAUCUCCACAGUUGAAACCUCUCACAAACGUCUCUCUCUCUCUCUCUCUCUCUCUCUCUCUUCUGUCUGCUCUCAUUCUCUCUCUAAGACUACCUAGAACAAUGGCUUUAUCAUCAGGGCUUAAAAUUUUCCUCCUCCUAGCACUCUUGGCCACCUCAUGCAUGGCGCAAGCACCAGCUGGUGCACCUAAGGUUUCCCCCACGGCCAGCCCGACGCCGGCACCGGUGUCGCCGCCAACCUCCACCCCAACACCAUCGCCAGCCCCCUCCACCUCCGCUCCAACCCCAGGCCCCGCCACCGCCCCCAGCUCAUCGCCCGUCCCUUCGGAGAAAUCCCCCUCCCCCGCCCCGGGUGCUUCCGGAGUACCAAUUUCCCCUGCCCCCGCCGCUUCCGGGCCCGCCUCCGAUCAGACCCCCUCCGACGGUACAAAUAACGGGUUUGUCAGCAGGGCAGCCAUUGGCGGCACCGCUUUCGCGGCGGCGCUUGUCGCUGUGGCGUUGGUGUAGGUUGCCACUUGGAGGCUUUAGAUCUGUACUUUUUCUUUCCAAUGGACGGAUGAGAUUUGUUUUGUCCUUUUGUCGGGGGGUUUAGUGGUCAUUUCAGUUUCUUGCUCCUUUGGGUAUAUUUUGUCUAUGUUCAUUUGAUUGUAUUUAUAGAGUGGACGAUUUGUUUGAUUAUUAUUAUCAAUUAUUUGGGUUGAUAUUUACA